AUGUCAUCAGAAUUUAUAUCAAAAGAGUUUCAAAUUCGAGCAGUCUAUAAUAAAGAAACGAUUAGGGUGUAUCAAGCCUAUAACAAUGAGAUUGCAGACUAUGCAGUCAAACAUCAAACAUUUACUGGAUGUCCUCAUUGGUCGACCGAAAGAACUACAUGGAUUAAACCUUCAUUCUUGUGGAUGAUGUAUCGAUCUGGAUGGGCACAAAAGGAUAAAAACCAAAAUAGAAUACUUGCCAUUGACAUACACAUCAAAGAUUUUGAAUAUGCAAUUCAAAACAAUUAUAAGUCUUCAACUAAACAAAAGUAUCAAAUUGAAGGUCAAGAACUACCACCACCAUCCAAAGAACAUAGUCAACCACCUGUUUCAAAGGUAGAUAAAUCAAAUUAUGAUAUCGUAGUUCAAUGGGAUCCUGAAAGAUCUAUAAAAUUGGGUAAAUUGGGUUCAAACAUCAAAUCCAUACAAAUAGGAAUUAAAAAGAGAAUUGCUGAACAAUACUCUUCAAAUUGGAUCACUCAAAUUACAGAUAUUACAAAUCAAUGUUUGGAAAUUAAACAAUUAUUGGAUAAUGGUCACUUGGAUCAAGCUCAAUCAUUAUUACCAAUUGAAAAGGUAUACAUACCAUCAUUUAUUAAAUAA